CUUAAUUUUUUUAAGAUGACAUAAAAUGAUAAAGAGGUAUGCCAGUGUAUAGAAAUUGGAACGGUUCACCUCAUGUAUAAUUCGAAUUUGGAAAAACGUUUCGUUUAUCAUUGCGCAACGAUCGUUUCGCCUGGAAUAAGAAAACGCAGCACGCCGUGAUUUCCGCUUGGCAACAACGCUCACAGGCACAGGACACAAGCUGUGCGUCUCGGUCGGAUUGAGUCAGUGGCAUAAUCGAAGGGGGGAGUAACACAUAUUACAUAUACAGGGUGCCCCUGUAUCUUGAGACAAGUUAAUUGAUAUCUUGUAAACAACACUUUUUUUUAAAUUACGUUUCCAAUAAAAGUUGUUGGAUUCCGAGCUGGAUCCAAUGAUCACAUUACAUUUCUUUGUAAUAACGGAGGUUUAAAAGUUGUGUGGAGUACAAAUCGUUUAUUACAUAGGAACUCUACUUUUUAUUAUUGCUUUAUAUUCUCAGGAGAAUAGUGAACAGGUUUCGUCUCAAUCACUUUUUUGUUAAGUAUUAUGUUCAUAAGAUAAAUCGCGAUUAAAUAUUUAGAAGAACAAAGUGAAGAACAAGAGAAUUGUAAGGGGAAUUGUAUUUAUGGUCGUUUUACGUUAGAAGAAAAAAGGUUGUAGUCAUCGCAUUUGUUCAUUUGUUGUUAUUGCAACUCGUUCUAUUUUCGAUGCGUUUACGGCUGUUUUCCGUGUCCUUGUAAUAUGUCGUUUUUCGACCAAUCGGGCUUCGAUUCUUCCGUUUUUUAAGUUAGUAAUAGUUACGGUUACCAUAUUUUUGGGGACAAAGAAGAAGGUGGGAAUUAUAACAACACGCAAACAGGAAAAAAUAACACAAUUCUUGUAUAGGAUUAUAGCAUCUUGUAUAGCAUUUCAAUUAGUUAUUGUUUGCUGUUUGUGUGUUGUCAUAAUUCCCACCUUUUUUUCUGUCCCCGAUUUCGCUCCGAAAAAUACGAUCACCGUAUUAAUAACUAACAAAGUGGGUGAUUGGAACAAAAGUUGUGCACUUUUGUCCUGAAAGCAAUAAUAUAGAGUGAAGAUUUCAUCCGAUCAUCCGACGAUCCUAUAAUAACUUUUAUUCGAAACGUUGUUUUUGAAAAUGUUUUUUACAAGAUAUUGAUCUAUUUCAAAAUAAACGGAUCACCCUGUAUACAUACAUAUAGGCAUAUACAUUGAGGGUCAAAAGUGAGUGUGGUAAGCUAUACUACGUCUCGAAAACAUACAGUUCUAAUUGUAAGUGUCUAUAUGCACGUUAUACGCGAAUUGAAAAUUGAUACGAAGACUGGAGGAUAUGUGAGAAUACACGGGAUGACGCAGAGGAACCAAUUGAAGAAACUUAGAAAAGGAGUGAAAAUACGAGAGAACGGGAAUGGACGAAGGAAAUUCCGUGGUGACCACUUCCACCGGAAACUCGGUCAACGUUACCAGAGAUACAAUUUCAGAACCCGUUUCUACUUCUUUCACAACACUUUCCGUCGUGGAUUGCGUUUACAAAGGCGAGGGGAACUCUAACAUCGUCAUUGCUCUGCCAAAAGAACGCAAGGUAAUACGACUGCGGAAGUUGCUUCCACAGGACGGUGUCUCGCCCGAAAACGCUGGCCUGCAACGAGUCAAACGCGAAGUGGAGUUCGUGCAGUUGGUGGCUUCUUGUUUCUUGGGUCCUUACGUUCGAGUACCUGAAAUCGUUCGAUUGAACAUCGAAAACGUCAGACAAUUAUUAGAAGUCAUUCGACAUUCUCGACCAGACGGACGUCGCUGGAAGAAGACGGUGGACAUUCACGCCACGAAGUAUCCAGAUUAUACAUUCUUACAAAGGAGAUUCGAUUCUAAUCGUUUCGUACGCAGUGAAACAUUUUGCGUCGAAGUCAAACCGAAACAAGGCUACUUACAAAACGACAACACGUCGACGAAAAACAUUCGAAAGUGUCCAUAUUGUCUAAUGCAGUAUCUCAAGUUGAAGAACGGAACAAUCAAGGAGCGGAGUUCUUACUGUCCGUUGGACUUGUUCUCCGGCGUAAAAACACGAAUGAAACAGGCACUACGAGGACUGUUAAAAUCGCCUCAGAACAAUCUGAAGAUCUUCAAAGACGGCGAAGUCGUCUACGGCAACGGAUCGUCGACGAUCGACCUCGAACGAAUCUUAAAAGAGUGGUUUCAGCGCAGCGACUCCUGGAACUGUUCAGAAUUUCAGAAAAACGAGGAAUCAACGAGCGAACACACGGAACAAUUUUGCGAUCUAAUCCACGAAGCCCUCUCACGGUCGACCGUCUCCUCCAAAGACUUCAAUCGUCACCGUAAUCAUUGCAAGGAGAAUCACGGAUCGUACGACGACGACGACGACGACGACGACGACUCGGAACCGAUACCUUACAUCGACCAGGCUCUCGUCGAAAGAGUGGACGAACUCUUGAAACUGGAAUCGUGCAACUGGAAGGGCGAACAGUUACCGAACGACUCGGUACUGGGACGGAUUCUGGAGAUGCAGAAAGUACCCUUCGUCAGCGCAGAACACGUGUACAACGCGUAUUCAAAACACCGGGAAUCGUUGACGGACGACACGAUCCACUCGAGUCUGACGAAGACACACGAACUCGGGAGGGAAGAGACAUCCGAUCCGGAGCAGGAAAGCGAGACAGGGACGACCAGAAGGACGAGUCGGUUGCAGAACUAUCUACUGUUCACGUGCGCCAGGGACUGUUCGAUACUGAUGUCGUUCCGAGAAACAAACCCAAGGAAGACGACACCCGGCGAAGACAGAGACGACACGACAGGAACACCGCCGGGAUCCCGUUUCGUGUGGGACAUCGGAAUCACGGACACGGAGCCGAAGAGCCUGCGUUGCAUAGAGAAACACCGCGAGAGGGACACGGAGAUCUUGAAAUCAAUCGUGUCCGUACUAGAAGGAAGAGAGGGAACUCGGACGACGACGACGACGACGACGACGACGACGACGAUCGGAAAGAAGAAAGGGUAGACAGGACGGAAACCGUGGUAUCUCUCUCGCGACACGCGACAAAAGGCGACGGAGAACGGGGGUGAGUCGGAAGGAGUCGCGAAUUGAAAAAUCAAAGUUCUUUAACAGGAUCCGAAGCAUGGCAACGUGAAAUACACAUACAUACCGUUAAA